GUUUUUCUUCCCCAAUGUUUUCAACUGUCUCCAAAUUGUAUAGGUUAGUAUGCUUUCUAAAUCUAUUUAAAAAAAAUCAUUUUUUAUGUUUUAGAAGAAUAAAAUUUUAUAAAGUGUGUUAAUCUUAAUACUAGACAUAUGUUUGACCUUACAUUUUUACUAUUUUAGGUAUUACUUGUGUACUUAUGAAACACAAAAUAUUAGGAAAGUCAGUUGAUUGACAUUUAUAAUGGCGUCAUCACUACCAGUAACUCAGGAUAAGGAGUUCGUUAACUGGCUUAAAGGCGCUCUUGCACUACUUUUUGCAAAACAAGGAUUGGACGACUUUGUCAAUGACGAAAUUACACAGUUUCAAAAGAAUAUAUUAGCAUCAGUAUUCCAAAAGAAAGCUUUGCCUGCAGGAACCGUUUGUAACUCAUGUACUACAGAAAAUGUUCUAACAUGCCCGACAAAAAACUUCUGUCGUCCUGGGGGUAAAUGUAAGCAACAUGAUCCAGGUCAACCAGAUAAACGGCCUAAUCAGCCAUGUCCAAACAACCUGUGCAAAGAUAUCCGGGACUGUAUUCGCCGCGAACACAGAUAUAAUGAACCAUCUUGGAAGAACACGGAUGCCAGGAGAUGGAGUAAUGAUGCCUUUGAAAUCGCAAAAUGCUACAUGCCUCCAGAUGGUUAUUCAGGUGUAACCAGACUUGCAGAUACUGAUUUCAAUGGCACAUUGGCUGUCAUCAUCAACAACAAGCGUUUCCAAAAUAAAAUGGCGGCUCAGCUUAAUCAGCCUAAUAAUGUCUGUUUUGAGGCACGUGAUGUAGGUCGCAAGAUUCGACAUUCAGCAGAUUUCACUCUCUCAGACUUAGAGCUGAAACGAUACAUUGAUAUUUUGAUAAAACUGUUGUCGGAUCAAAAAUACUUAGCCAUUGAUCAAAAGGCACAGGAUGCUGUGGAUCAAUUAAAUCAGCUGGAAGCAAAUACCCUAACAAUAACAACGGAAGAUAUAACGACUGUUUUAGAUGAAGCAAUAAGAGAGAGUGCUAAAUCACAAGGCGAUAUUGCUUUACAAGCCAUAAGUGAAGAAAAGAACAAAGCUGUGAAAGAAAUAGAAUGUGAAUCUCUCCAGCUCUUAAAAGACGUUAAGUCUUCAAUCGCCAACGUGCAAACAGUAACAGCUGAAAGUCUGAAUCAAAUCAUAGCAGAGAAAUUAUCUGCUAUACAUGACAUCAGAAUGGUGGUAAAGAGAGGGAAACUUGAACUUGAAGGUUCGGCUGAAAGAGCUCUGCUUCAUAAGAAAAUGCAGGAAGACAGAGAUAGACAACAACAAAGGUCUUGGCCGUCUAGUAUCGUACAAUCAGGAAUUGGCUACUUAAGAAAAAGAGGUUUACACAAAGUGCUCGACCCUGAAUUUAUAGAGUGGAUAGGGUAGGUAGGAAUUUUUCAACUGGAUAUUUCAGAAGCAAAAUUGCGUGACAGGCAUUGAAUGAAAUUUUACCAGGAAUUUAAUAGAACACGAACCUGAUGGCAGAUAUCAAGACAGAUUUUAACAAACAUUUCAGAGAACAUAAAUUUGUUUACAAGUUCGUACAUUUUAAAAUUAAUCAAAAGUUUGGUAACAUUGAAUGCCACUGUAGUAGAAAUCAUCCAAGUAUGCACCAGACGCGAUGCUGUCAGACGCUUGGAACAUGUAUAAAUGGUGGCAUCAGUUUUGUUGUUUGUUUUUUUUUGUAGUGCUCGACCCUGAAUUUAUAGAGUGGGUAGGUAGGUAGGAAUUUUUCAACUGGAGAUUUCAGAAGCAAAAUUGCGUGACAGGCAUUGAAAGAAAUUUUACCAGGAAUUUAAUAGAACACGAACCUGGUGGCAGACAUUAAGACAGAUUUUAACAGAUAUUUCAGAGAACAUAAAUUUGUUUAUGCCAAUUACAACAUCAUUGCGAACAUCAUUUUAACAGAACGGCCAUUGCUGUUAAACCUAUAGGGAAGGUAUAGGAGGGAGUCAGGAAAGUUUUAGAAAAUUAGUGCAAAAAGGUGGUCUCUGGUACACUUUUAUGUCAAAACUGCGGUAAAUAUAGGUCGCUUUUUAACCUACCGCGGACAGUGUGUGUGUGGUGGUGGGAGGAGGGUGCGGGUUACGGGGGAUACACACCCUAGCUUGGAUCCAGGGUGUGGAUAGACGUGAGGAGAUUUUAGUGAGCCAUGAAGCUUCCUUCAGUAGAACUGUUCUGUGUUAAGCGACCCAAACUAAACGAAAACAGAAUGUCUUCGCUUUUAUCCACAAGUUAAGCUAUAUGUAUGUAUGAUAAAUUGUGAUUUAUGUUAUACAAAAUAUUUUGUUUUGUUUGUUUGUUUUGGGUUUAACGCCGUUUUUCAACAGUAUUUCAGUCAUGUAACGGCGGGCAGUUAACCUAACCAGUGUUCCUGGAUUCUGUACCAGUACAAACCUGUUCUCCGCAAGUAACUGCCAACUUCCCCACAUGAAUCAGAGGUGGAGGACUAAUGAUUUCAGACACAAUGUCGUUUAUCAAAUAGUCACGGAGAACAUACGCCCCGCCCGAGGAUCGAACUCACGACCCCGCGAUCCGUAGACCGACGCUCUACCUACUGAGCUAAGCGGGCGGGCUUCAAAAUAUUUUUACAGUUCCUUAUCAAAUCAUAUUUAAAGUAAGGAAAAAGAAAGCUAGCACUUCAGCUGAAAAAAAUGAAAUCCAAAACUUAUUUCUUAAAUGUAUAUUAACUGGCUAAUACAAGAUAAUACAAUAUUGAAUGGAAUUAUGUCAAAUUAUAGCACACACAUCACAAACUAUAUUGAAUGCUGACUGUGACAUGCAAAUUGCCAUUUGCUAAAUGCCAUUUGCUGAUUUCCAUUUGCCAGUUCCUAAUGACAGCUUGCUGAUUUCGAAUUCAAACGUGCCAUUUGCUAAUUGCUAUUUGGUAUUUGCCAUUUACUCAACUGUUUAUUGCUUAUGGAUGUUUUGUGAUUGCUCAAUUUCUGAAUGAUGUUUGCUAAUUGCUCAUUUGUCAAUUGCUGUGUGCCAAUUGCUCUUUUGUUAAUGUUUUAUUUCCUAAUUGCUAUUUGCCAAUUGCUCAUUUACCAAUGGCCGUUUGCCGAUUGUGCAUUUGCUGAAUGGCAUUUGCCAUUUCGUAUUUUUCAGAUGCCCAUUUGGUUACUGCAAUUUGCCUUUUCCUUUAUAUCAAAUGCUAAUUUUCUAACUGCAAUUUGCCAAUUGCUAUUUGACAGUUGUCAGUGGCUAUAUUUGAUUGCCAAUUUGCUGUCAUUUCUGGGGAUCUUUUUCUUUAAAUUAAGUGUUUUGUCUUUACUUUUUAAAUGACAUUUGUCCAACAGUAUGAACAAACAUGAUCAGAUAUUAAAGUGCAAACGUAAACGAGAACCUUUAAGGGUUAUUAGUAGAUAUUGUAAUUCCAGGAUUGAGGGGACAAUUUUUGUGAGAGAUUCUCAUGAAGUGUCAUGAUAGUGUUUUGUAACUAUAGUUGAGCUCACAUAGGUUCAGCCAGUUUAGUAAAAAAAAAAAACGGAUUCUGCCAAGAAUAUCAUUAUUCCUCAAACUUAAUCAUUAUUGUCAUACACAAAGCUAGGUGGGUAGCGGUUAAACAUUCCUUAAGUAGCUUUCCGUACAUAGAUCCAUCUCCUUCAAACAUUAUCCACCUGCUAUUGAUACACAAGCAUACAGACUCCUGUUGCAAUAAUAAUUGCAUAAUUGCAAAUUUAUUAAUAGGAUACAAAUUAACGUAACAAAUCUCUAAAAAUUAGAAAUUAGCAAAUUAAGAAUUUGCAAAUGACGGUUAAUGAGUAAAUAGCAGUCGGCAACUGGCAAACACUAGUAAGCAGUCGGCAAAUAGCAUUUAGCAGAAGAUCAAAUAGCAGUUGGCAAAAGAGCAAUUGGCAAAUAGCAAAUGAUCACUCAUCAAAUAACAUUUAGCAAAUAAGCCAUCGGGAUAUGGUAAUUAGCAACAGUUACUGAGCAAUCGGCAAAUGGAAACUGGCUAAUAGCAAUGAGCAGUUGGCAAACAACAUUUACCUGUGGCAUAUCUCAACUCGCAGUCAGCACAGCAAAUACUUAUUUGCAAUUAACAAAUGGCAAAUAACAUUUAGCAAAUAGCCAUUGGCGAAUGGCAACUGGCAUGUCCCAACACGCAUUCGAUACACAAUAUAACUGUUCCUUUUCUACCUAAACCAAAGACAAAUGCCGAACAUCAGUUUUUCUUUGAACUUAGGCCGUCAUGUGUCUGUAUUUAUUUCAAGUUGUAACCAAUAUUGUGUUGCCCAUGUAUAUUAAAUGUUGAAUGAUCUGACGAGAGCGUAUGUACUGAGACGCAGAAACAUAAGCGAACAUUACUUUUUAAAACAAAUAUCUUUAUGAUGGUCUCAGGGUUUACAAUAUGUCUACUAUUGUUUAUACUGAAAGUCGUAAAACAAACCUUGUCCGCUUUUUUAUACAAUUAUGUUAGCUGUGGCUCAAAACGUAAUUGUUAUACUUAAAAGGCGUUAAUUGUAGAGCAAUAAAUAUCACGUACCUAACCCACCUGCUAUCCAUACUUGACAGUAAAAUAGCCCUUAGAUUUGUAAAGCAUAGAUUUAACUGUUAUAUCUAAAAUGUUUGGUUCUGUAGCAACACAAUCUAUUCCAGUAGGAUACACGCAUUGUUCGGCAAUUGUAUAAUGCAGUCCUAUUAUAAUGACAUUUACAUGAAUUGACUUGACUUCGGAGGGUGACGAAUUGGAGCCCCUUGUGCUAUGACAGUUAUGCUUAUUUUGAUUUGACAAAAUGAGAAAGCCUGCGAAUUUUGUAGUUAAGGUGACACUUGACGGCCGCAGAUUUACCAAGGAUUCUUGGUAAAACAUGUAAUGUUUUCAUUGCAAUCGUUUGUAAAUAACGGAUCCGACGGUUUGAAUUUCAGGAACGUUAAUUAAAUCAGAUUAUGUUGAAUGGAACUUACAGGAUACUCUAACCUCCUGUAGCUAUUCAGGACGGUAGAUAGCAAUACGACACAUUGAACAGUGCAAGAACUAUAACUCUGUUUUCAACAUCAUACCAAUUAAUGUAAU